AUGGAGCCCGCGCUACACGAGCUGUGGGCGGAGUCUCGGGACCUGCUAGGCCUCCCUUCCCCUUCUCUGGACGACACAGCCGCCGCCGCCGCGCCGCGCGUCGACCUGCCCCCGACGCCGCUCGCGUUCCUCCGCGACCAUGUCUCCCCGGGCCACCCGCUCCUCGUCUCCGCUACGUCGCUCUGGCCCGCCACCUCCUACCUCACCGACGCGCUCCGCUUCACCGUCGUGUCCCUCCACCUCACCCCCGAUGGCCGCGCCGACGCGCUUGCCUCGCACCCGCGGCGCCCCGGAUCCUCGAGCGUACGCGCAGCAGCAGACGACUGCCUCCGUGGGGAGUACGCGGCGGUCGCCGGUGACGUGGAUGCGCACGUGCCCUGGGCCAGCGAGGCGCUCGGCUGCCUCCCCGAGGCCGUCAACCUCUGGAUCGGCAACGCCCACUCCAUCACCUCCUUCCAUAAGGACCACUACGACAACAUUUACGUCGUUGUCUCCGGUGAGAAGCACUUCCUCCUCCUGCCCCCGACAGAGCACCACCGCCUCUACGUCCGCAACUACCCCGCCGCCCACUACGUUGCCGCGGAGCAGGACUCCGAAGGGGAGCGUCAGUUGAGGCUUAAGCUAGAGAUGGAAGAGCCCGAGAGGAUCGUGCCGUGGAGCAGCGUUGACCCGUGCUCGGCAUCGCCGGAGGAGAUGGCCGUGCAGGCGUCUUCGUUCCCGCUCUAA